UUCCCGCCCAGCGCCGCCGGGAGCGAGGGCGGCGGCGGCGGUUCCCAUGGAGAUGGAAGAUGGCGCCCAGGAGCCGCCAGCGCUCCUCGGCGCCGCUUCAGGUCCUGCUUUUCCUCAACGGCUGGUACAGCGCUACCUACUUCCUCCUGGAGGCCUUCGUCUUCGUGUACAAAGUGCUGCUGCUGCCCUACCCCUUCACCAACCUGGUGCUGGACGUGGUGCUGCUCUUCCUCUACCUCGGCACUGAGGCCACCCGCAUCUUCUUCGGGUCCAAGGGCAACCUUUGCCAGCGGAAGGUGCCGCUCUCCAUCAGCCUGGCCCUGACCGUCCCGGCGGCCGUGAUGGCGACCUAUUACCUGCUGCUGCAGACCUAUGCCCUGCGUCUGGAAGCCAUCCUCAGCGCCAUCCUCCUCCUCUUCUAUGCCGUGGAGCUGCUGCUGGGCGUCCUCCUGCUGGUCUCCUUUUCCAGCGUGGAUUCGUACUGAGGCCCCGCGCCGCGCCAAAGGACCCGGCACAGGUACGCGAGGUGGCGGGGAGCCCCGCUGCUGGCUCCGCCACCCAAACCAGACCCACGCCGGUGCCCGCGGGCAGGGGACAUCUCCACCCAACCCGCUGCCACCCGGGACGCGGCCCCCAGGGCUUGUGACACGCAGGUCAGUUCGAGGUACGGAGAAUUAUUAUUUUUUUUUUUUUUUCUACUGCCUUCUCAGAAUAAUUCACUAUUUUCCAAUAAAUAUUUAUUUUUA